AUGUGGCUGGACGAAGCGGAUGGUUUUGCUGAAAUAUUUAAGGGCUAUUUACCUUACUAUUUGCUUGUUGCUCUUCCUAUAUUUAUUAUCAUGUCUCCUGUAAAUCCUGUAGCAGCUUCUCAUGAGUUCUCCGUGUACAGAAUGCAACAGUACGACCUUCAUAACGUACCCCAUGGAUGUCGCAGUGCUGGUUUCAAUCUGGAGGGACGAUCUCUCACAUCCUGGAGCACUUCCCGGCACUGUGUUGUGGCACGGGUCCAAGACAUAAGUAUUGAACAGUUUAUGGAGGUGCGGAGUAAAGCUGGGGCAUUACUGCUUGUGAUGCCAAAGAAUAUCACUACCCUGACCACUGAAGAAAAAGAGCACAUUCAGCUUCUGGAAAUGGCAAUGAUCCAACAAGAAAUCAAUGCACCUGUGUACUUUGCGAAAUGGUCACCAGAGUUUGAGAACAUACUUGGCGACUUACAGCAUAGCUUCAUAAUGGACGACAAAUCGGGCACUGCAUUAGAGGCCAUGUUUAAAACAGUCUCUUCAAAUGGCUACCAAAUUGUUGUGUCAGCAUCCGCACCGCAGAAAAUGGACUCCAGACCAGUGACAAUUCAUGGGAAGCUGGUGGGCCGCUUAGGUUCAGCUCAGACCAUCGUCAUUGCUGCCCACUACGACUCCGCUGGACUUGUUCCUGAGCUCUCCCGCGGCGCCGACUCGAACGCUUCGGGCGCCGUCGCCGUUCUAGAACUCGCUAGAAUCUUCUCGCGCCUCUACUCCAGCUCCGCUGUUCGCGGCGACGCUUCCUUGGUGUUCGUUCUCGCGUCCGUCGGCCACUCGCUGAACUACUUCGCCACGAAGAAGUGGCUGGAAGAGCAGCUGGACUCCACCGAUGCGUCCUUGCUGCAGCGCUUUCGAGACCGUGACGCCCCCCCCCCCCUCCACUUUUUUUACCACUUACCCGCCGAUGCCGUCGGUCGUUUAGCGCGUCUCACCGUGACGCCCCCCCCCCCCCCCCCCCCCUCCCCCUGUUCAGGUUGUGCCAUUCGCCACUUACUCGCCGAUGCCCUCGGUCGUUUAGCGCGUCUCACCGUGACGCCCCCCCUCCCCCUGUUCAGGACGUGUCCUUCGCCAUGUGCCUGGACUCGGUGGCGGCCGGCCCCCUGCCGCGUGCACGUGUCGAAGCCGCCCCGGCCCGGCGGGGCGGCGGCCUCACUGCGAGCCCGUUUGGGCGCCCCGCUGGUGCACAAGAAGAUCAACCUGGCCGACGAGCUGCUCGCCUGGCAGCACGAGCGCUUCAGCAUCAGACGGAUGACCGCCUUCACGGUCAGCUCGCUGCAGAGCCACAAGGAGCCGGCGAGGAACAGCAUCCUGGACACCGCGUCGGAUACCUCACUUAGGUCCCUCACCGAGAACAUCGCGUUGAUCGCGCGCGCCCUCGCCUCCCACAUAUACAACAUCACCGAAGAGACGAACGAAGACGACGCCGCCCUCUACGACGAAGUUCUGGGCGUGGACGAGGCGUCCAUCAAGCAAUGGUACGAGUAUCUAGCGUCGCAGUCUCGAGCUCCUCAAGUCAUCACGACCACCUCGCCUAAUACAGGAGUGACCGCUGCGCUGGAGAAGGCGCUGUCCCGUUACAUGGAGGUGACUGUCGGAGCUCACGUUUUGGACAAACGGGAGCCAGAGUUCACCCUCUACUCUCCGACAUCUGCCCAGCUAUUCGUGUACAGCGUGAAGCCGGCCGUGUUCGACCUCGUCCUGACCCUGGCGAUAGUGGCCUACCUGACCGUGGUCUACUUCGCGAUCCAGCUGUUCCCGCUCUUCUACGAGGAGUACGCCAAGCUCGUCGCCGGCAAAGCCAAAGUGCGU